CAAGCGUGUUUGACUAUUUCCAAUCAGUUUGGCUUGCAAUUCCUUACCUACUUCUUAUUUAUGUGUGAUAUUUUACAUAGAAGGCAGCACGACAACCUUUAGCAUUCUAUAUUUCUUUGUUUGUUAUUCAUACAUCACAGAGAAACCGGCUCCAAAGUAAGCUGAAACCAAAAUGGCAGAUACAUUGACAGAAGAUCAAGUUGCUGAGUUUCGCGAAGCCUUCUACCUGAUUGAUAAAGAUUCAGAUGGUUUCAUUACCAUGGAAGAUUUGGCAUCAGUGAUCCAGACAUUAGAUGGAAACCCUACAAAAGAAGAAGUUCAAGACAUGAUAAGUGAGGUCGAUGUUGAAGGAAAUGGGACCAUUGAUUUUGAAGAAUUCUUAAAUAUUAUGACAAGAAAAAUGAAGGAUAAUGUGGCCGAUGAACUAAAAGAAGCUUUCAAAGUAUUCGACAGAGAUCAAGAUGGAUUUAUUUCAGCAGAUGAGUUGAGACAAGUAAUGAUGAAUCUGGGAGAAAGACUAACAAUGGAAGAAGCAGAACAGAUGAUCAGAGAAGCCGACUUAGAUGGUGAUGGACUAGUCAGCUAUGAGGAGUUUGCAAGGAUGAUGAUGGCCUUUUGAAAAUGAAUGCAAACCUCAAACUUAACUCAACUCAACUUGGAAUUAUUGUUAUUAUGCACCUUUUUUUUUUUUCUUUUUCUUUGUUGGACAUAUUUCCCCCCCUUCAUGGGCAGCUUGAGCCGUACUGCAAAUAAUUGUAAGCAUAGUUAUUAGAGUACGAUCAAUGAUAUACAAUUAGACAAU